UCGCCACCAUUCCUCAGGGAAGCGAACCGGAAACCCCCCUCAAGAACCCACGAGGGUUUUGAGCGUUGCUCUUUUAAAAGGCAGCCACAACAAGCGCUUCUUUGACAACCUUCCUCAUUGGCCGAGGGUCGGGGAUAGGCGCGCGCAAAAAGGAGGCGCGCGCCGGCGGCUCGCUUGGGGUUGGCGGAAAGACGAUUCAAGCGCGGCGGGUACGUCCGAGGGUUCUGAUUGGCCGGAACGCAGAGGGGCGCUAUAAAAAGCACGCGUCCCGAACAGGCUUGCAUUCGGCGGCGGAACGCAGGCGGGCUUGGUUCUUCGCCGCAAUGUCGCUGUGAUUUGCUCCAGCUAAUUUAAACACCUCCCGAGUUUCGUGCGCGUGUGCACGAGCACGACGUUUUUUGUUUUUUUUUAAGGGAAGGCUUCCUUCGCCUCUCCGUUGAAAAGUGGGUGUCUCUGCUGGCGGGCGAUUUCCCGCGGGAAAGUUGCCUGCCACGCACCCCCCGGGCAGAAAAAGCGGCAUGGAGUGCAAGCUGGAAGCUCACCGUAUCGUCAGCAUCUCGCUCGGCAAGAUGUACAGCGCGCGAGGGCAACGCGGCGGCGUGAAAUUGCACAAAAAUCUUCUGGUGUCGCUCGUCCUGCGCAGCGCCCGGCAAGUCUGCCUGAGUGAACUCGAUGGCUCCCUUGCGACGCCUCUCGCUGCUGCUCCCUCGCCGGCAGCCGCUGCACUGAACCCCCUCCGGGACGGUGGGGAGGAAGGAGGGCGCCCGCCGCUGCCCUUCUUCUCCUCCUCUCCUCCUCCUCCUCGCGCCUUUCUGCCGCCGGCCCGGGCGAUGUUGCCGCCGUCGGAUCCCCGGACUUCUCCGUGGUGUCGGAAGCUCCCGUCGUCGGACUGGGAAGUCCCGCGGUUGCCACGCUGCUGCUGCUGCUGCUCCUCUUUCGUGAGCGAAGCUUGCAAACGGCCGGCCGAGGCUCCUCCUGCCCUUUACUGUUCCAGAAAGCGCAUCGCUGCUGUGCAUCCCGAUGGCGGGACCGAGGCAGAAACGUCUCCGGGCAGCUCUCCGCUGAAAAAGGUCCGCAGGGAGGAGGAAGAAGAAGAAGAGGAGGAGGAGAUGGAGACGGGCAAUGUGGCCAACCUCGUCAGCAUCUUCGGCUCCAGUUUCUCGGGACUACUCAGCAAAAAGCCCUGCGGGGGGGAGAGAGAGGGCAGCAAUCAGCGGGGAAGACGGCAAGAGAAAGAGGCGGCGGCCGGAGGGGCUGAUGCAGAGCCCGGGCAGAUCUGUUGCGAUGAAUCGGUGCUGCGGAACCUCAACCCUUGGAGUACGGCGAUUGUGGCUUUCUGAACUUCUCCUUCCUCCUCAAACUGAUCGCGGCGACACAAUAUGGGGCAGCUUGGAUUCAGACGCUGGAGGGAGGAGUAGGCGUCUGGAGCCCCAAUCGGAUAGGAAUGGGGGACUCGUCGUCCCAGGCUCUGUCCUCCUUAAGGAGAGGCUGGAGGCCGGGCGUGGUGAUGGGACUCAAUCAGACAGAGCAAACCCCCUCAGCUGCCCUUCCGGUCCCUUGGUUGGCCCCAGUGUCUCACUCUGCAUGAAAGUAUUUCAGCUUGUUUCCACCUGCCCAGAACUUCCCUUUCUCCCCCUUUCUCUAUCCCUCCACCUCCAAGCUUUUGGGAAGGUUAGAAUAGACCUCUUUGUCAUCCUACCGUGCCAAACAUGUUCUGUGAGUUGCAAAAGUCUUCAAACGAUCUUUGGGACCCCAGGGGGAGAGCUUUCUCACCCACCGUGCUGUAAGGGCUGUCUUGAUGAGGGGUGCUGCUGAGACCUGUGAACAAAUCUAUGCUUGGGAGUUUCUCUGGGACUUCUAUUGCUCCUGGUCUUUGUUAUACAAAGGCCCUUGAAGGAAAAGUGGGUCUUAAUGGGUGUUUUGUACAGUGAGCUCUUUUCUCUGGUUGUGUUUUGUAUGGAAAUGUAACGGCGUGUGUGACACGUAUUAAAAUAU